AAACGUCGUGUGAUUUUACUGGCAGACACUCAUGCGAUUACGCCUCUUCAGGAACCUUCGAUAACUCAGCCAUCUCAAUAUGAAUACGCUAAAUGUUCAUAAGAUUACCACGGCCGAUAYUUCAAUGGUCAACUUCAUUACAGAAGAAUUAGCCUUKUUAAAAUGGUACCCGGGACUAGAAGACAUUGAGAGUUACUUGGCUAGUGAUCAUCCUGGUAUUUAUGUAGCCGAGUUGAAUGACGAACCCAUCGGUUUCGUGUCUUUUAAUAAGAUCAGUAGCAGUUAUUACACAUUUGGGAUGUAUGUUAUCAAAGAGAAAUUCAGAGGAAAGGGKUACGGGUUUCAGAUGUUUAGAAGAGCUAGCCAAGACAUCGAUUGGUCAACUCAAAAUGUCUCCGCAUAUUCCGUGCCAGAYAUGAUAAAAAUCUACGAGAAAAGCGGAUUUCAGACCCGAUGGAUGUGCGGCUGGUACAMRGUUAAUAUUYCCACUGCUUUGGAAAGUCUGAAACAGCUGGCUCCAAUUCAGGAUUUUACGAUAAAAGAAGUCAAUGAGGUUGACAAGCAAGCGYUGCUCARCUAUGAUACGGCUGUGUUUGGCUAUGAGCGACAUAACUUCAUAUGGAAAAKGCUCCACGUCAAAGGAAGUCAUGCAAAAGUCAUUGUCAAUAAUAAAGGAGCAAUUGCCGGAUACGUCGCUGCGAGGGAGGUGUAUAAAGAGGACAAUUGCUAUCGACUUGGGCCGCUGUUUGCAGAUUCUAUCGGGGCAGCACAACAAUUACUGAAGGCAUUGUUAGAAGAGUUACCAGGCUCUUGGAAGUCAUCAUGUCAAACUAUCAUCAUUGCAUGUCCAACCGGYGCGAAUGCUUACUCGAAAAAACUGAUUGAGCUUCUUCAAGGAAAUUGUUUUGUGGAAUUGGCUUUUAUAACCACGAGAGAUAUCCCUAAUGGAUGUUUUGAGAAAUGGUUUGGUAUAGCAUCGUUGGAGAUCGGAUAGUGAAUACAAAUUGAAUUGGGUUUUUAAUUUUUCUAUUGGUUAAGAAUAUAGGUUCUUGAUUCUCUAAAUCAUAUAAAUCUUUGAAAAGGUUUUCUCGAGAUAAACUAAACCCCGAGUUAGGAUCUCGAGUUGGAUUUCGAGUUGGAUCUCGAGUUGGAUCUCGAGUUGGAUCUCGAGUUGGAUCUCGAGUUGGAUCUCGAGUUGGAUCUCGAGUUGGAUUUUGAGUUGGAUUUUUGUUAAAAUUGGUAUAUCUUCAAUAAUUAGAGUCAUGAGAGUCAUUGAGAAAAACGUUUUCGCAAUUGUUUGUAUUCUUAUUCUUCGAUGAGAACCACUACGUGGAACUUAACGUGCCCAGUCCAAUUAAGAGGACAUGGCGUAAUACAGUGCGUAGCAGUUAUCGAUAUGUACUAUCCAGAUUUUUCGCUUUUUUUGUCGUAAGUUUACUGUUGGUCGUAUAUUAAGUGGAUAGUUGAAGGUCAUAAAUUCUCUUCUGUUGUAUAUAUUGUUUGUUUACAUACGAGUGUAAUAUUUAAUUUAUUUUAAUUAAUGUUUAAUUUAAUAUUUUAUUUUAUUUCGCUCAAUUUUGAUUGCAAUUUUGUUAGUUUUCCUGAGACAUUUUAGAAUAGCUGAGGUGACGUUUUUGACACCAUUUUUUGUGGUAAAAAUAACAACGAUACAGUGCAAACAAGAUGGCAGUCAGCACAAACGAAAAUUAUAGAGAGUUUUUCGCUUGACAAAACACGGCAGCUUUUCCGAAUGUUGUUCAAUAUAUAUAUUACGACAAGGUCACAGCACGUCAAYGUUCGUUUCACAGUAAUACGAACAGUCCUCUACACUGGAAAAAAUCGCGCACUUUAAAGGUUGUAAAUUUGAUGUAAAUAUUAUGUAA